CCCAGCUUUGCCAACUUCUCCUUGCCUUCCAUCUCAUUACUCUUGCAAUUCCAUCUCUCGCUUCUUCAAUCACCUCUACGCCGCCUCGAAUACCAUUAUUCCUCCCUCAUUGACGCUCUUGACCAUUCCUCGAGCAUCUACACUUCGACGCCGCACGAUUUCGACAACAAGAAGAAGGAGAAGAGCCACAGUGAUCGGCUCUCCAUCCGUCGACGAUCUAUUUUAGGCACUAUCCAAAAGGACGCGCAGGCCCCAAGGCCACGCACCACUAUCUCUUCUUAUCAUCUCCAUCAUCAACAACUCUUUGAGCAUGAACCAUCUCAACACCAACUUCGAUCCUGACUCCUUCCUGAACCUCGACACUGACUAUACACCGGCCUCUGCCACUCCAGACGCCAAAUCAGUGCCCAUGCUGACCCCUCAAUCCUCCUCGGCUUUCCCCUCCAGCUCAAACACGCAGACUUUCCCGGGACCGAGCUUUCAGUACGAUGCGUAUCAUCAACAGACCGGCAUUCCCAUCGGAGCAUUAGCGAGCACCUUCAACAUCAACCGACAGAGUGGUCUACAUUACAACGAGGCCAAUGGAGGCUUUGUGAUGCCAACCGAGACAUUGAACAUGCCCUUGAGCAAUUUGGACGAUUUCGACUUCGCUCGCAGCAACGACAUGGACUUCGAAUCAGACUCGCCCAACGAUCUGCCUACUAUGUUCUUUCCCGACCAAUCUUCUGGUCAAUUUAUCAGCCCAACCUUGGUCGGCCCCAGCAGCUCCGCACCCUUUCAACGUAUCUAUCCUGGCAUGCAUAGUCAGCAAGCUGCCCAGGCCAAGGCACAGCAAGCUCAAAAGCAGGAACAAAUGGCACGACGACAGCAACAACGACCUGCUGGUCAGAAACCGUUGCCUGGAACAUCGCCAAUCAAGACCCAGCCAGCGAAGGACCCUCUCGUCGAAGAAAGUAUCUCAAAGGUCUUGAGCCGUAUGAGACAGGCUAGUGUUGCGUCCUCCCUCCAGGACGAGGCCACACCUGGUGGCAUCUCCAACAUGCCCCGUAUCAAGAAAGACGAAGAUGAUAUGGAUGAGGAUGAACGUCUCCUAGCCAGCGAGGAGGGCAAGAAGCUGUCUAGCAAGGAACGCCGUCAACUCAGAAACAAGGUUUCUGCUCGUGCAUUCCGCUCUCGCAGAAAGGAAUACAUCGGUCAAUUGGAAGGCGAAGUUGCUGUCAAGGUACAAGAAGCCAACGACCUUCGCACCCAGAACCAACAACUCCGCGAGGAGAACAACCGUCUCACCGACCUUACUCGCAUGCUGCUCUCUUCUCAGGCCUUUUCUGGUUUCCUCCAAGAGCUCAGCCAAUCAGGCCUACCAGCAUCAAGCAUCCAAAGCAUGGCUCAGCAGGCCAAGGCUCCCCAAAAUCAAUCUCAAGGUCAAUCUUCGCAGAAGGAUGUCUCUUCGCAUGAUGCUGGCCACCAAAUGCAUGUUCAGCAGCCUCAGAUUGGUAUGGCUUUGAUUCCCGAGACUCAUAUGGACUUCACCACCUUCCAACCAUCGAACGCCUGGAUGACCGCUCUUCCUACAAACGAUUUCCAAGUAUAUUCAGUCACGGAAAUGCCUGAGCCUCCGACAUUGGAUUUGGAAAUUUUGUCGGGCAAGAACAAAUCGAGCUCCAGCAUCUUUAAGCCGGCCAAGGACAUCCCACAAGUCGCCGAAUCUGCUCCCCAGGCUGUCAGCGAGGCUGAGGAACCUAGAAGUGUGCAAGUCGACGAGUCGGUUGAACUAGACGAAGCUGCCUUUGCCCUCUACUUUGAUCCAUCCGCCUCGGCCUCGUCUGAUCCUGAAGGAUCUCUCAAUUCCGCAACGGACGACGAACCGGUCUCAGAUGAGGAUAACUCCGCAAGACUGGAACGGAUGUGCUCUGAGUUGGACGCAGCCUGCAGCCGGCUUGCUGUUUUUACUCGUCACAUGGCAUGAGUCUAUUGAUUAUAACGUGCUUGAGAACGUGUUGUAUGAUGAUUUCUUGACGGCCGACAGGCUUGGACAUUCGGGCAAUUUUUCGCAUUGAGGCUCUUGUUUGAGUCGUAUAUAGUUUGACAAUUCUGAUCAUGCCUCAUUUCGACGAUCA